UUGCAGCAACGGUGUUUUCUCGUGGGGGAUACAAACUCGUCGCCAAUUCGACACAGCUGGUCUGGAUUCGCCCAGCUUCGAGGUUCAGGACAUAAUCACCACCACCAUCAUCACCAUUCCCCAGCUCAGUCUCAAAUUUCCUCGGAACAUCAAGCUUCCAGGCCUGCCUCCUUCAGCGCUGGUACUGCCAAUGCCACUUCAAACACCAGCGAGGUUGGUGUAAGUGGCAAUCGUACGGCAAUCAAAGGCUUGCUUGGUGCCUGCCGUAUCGUCUAUCAACUUGAGGGGCCUGGUGGUUUCACUCGCGGCAUAGUUGCUCGCAUCCUUACAAGUAUGCCGGGAGCUGCCAUCUCAUGGUCUGUCUAUGAGUACUUCAAGUGGUGGUUCGGCCAAACACGGCACAAAUCGUCAUACCCUACUCCCUCUUUGCCGCCACCCUCUGGACCUGGCUUUAUCACUGCUGCUGCUGCUCCCGAUGAUAUCGAGCCGGGCGAUCGUACUGGUCACUCAGCCAGCUCUGGAGCAGCUGGUAGCAUUUCUAUAUUCUUUAGCUCAUCGGCGUCUACACCCUCGACGACUGCCGCUUCUACAGGCCUGCCUGUCAUCUAA